CGGUUUUUUUUGUUGUAUGUGAAGGAAUUUUUUUUUUCGUGCGCCGGAAAAAUAAGUAUACGUACGUUUAAGCAGGACAUCCGCUCUUAUCGGUACAUCCGGUGACGGUGUCACAAUAGAUAAAGCCUGAUCUCUGGAUACUUCGAUUGGUUCAAAUGGACAUCGACCUAUCCUCAACCAAUACAAAGGCAUUUGGACAAAGACAAACAGAUCCUUCUAUGACUGAAUCACUUAACUAGAUAGUAAUUAAUUUCUACCACAAAUUUGAAUUAAUUACAUAUAAUAAUCCCACGUUAAUCAGCUGCAAUGAUUUUUGGAAUUUUAUAGAAGCCAGUAGAAGCAACGAGUUCCUCUGGCCGCGAUUGCUGGUGUUGUUGCUUUGGCACACUUCUGGGCAACGCAUUGUCGCCGCCAACCGCAAAGCUGGGCAAAAUUAUGAACUUGUGUUCUUCGGGCGCAACGGCAUCGGCAUCGAGCACAUCGUUAUCGUCCACAGGGCAGGCGGAGAGAAACGGAGGAGGAAAAGGUGGCGACGGCAGCGGCGGCGGCGGUGGUGGCGGCAGCAGCAGCAAUCAGAACGGAUCAUCAGAGGCCAUUAAUUGUUUUGGUGGCGGACCAGAGCCAGUCUCCAAUUUGAACAGCACGAUCAACGGUGGCGGUGGCGUUGGCGGAGCCAAAACCAAUUCAAAUACGACAGCAAACACGACUGCAACAAGUAGCAACAGCACCAGCAACGGACAGCAAGGACAUACACAACACAACGAAAACACAGCAACUAUGCCGCCCGAAACGCGUCCCAAGGUGGUGACCGUCAAGCAUCCAGAAUCCAAUAAGCCCAAGCCCACCACAAAGAAGAGUAAACCCAUUCAGGCUGAUCAGGAUGUGAUUAAAGCGCUUCAACGCUGUCGCGAUGAAGGCAUCAAACGUCUGGAUCUGAGUAAAUCAUCAAUCACGGUUAUACCCAACACGGUGAAGGAAUGUGUUCAUCUCACGGAACUCUAUUUGUACAGCAAUAAAAUUGGUCAACUGCCCACAGAGAUCGGUUGUCUAGUAAACUUGCGCAAUCUGGCUUUAAACGAGAACUCAUUGACCUCGCUGCCGGACUCACUGCAGCACUGCAAUCAAUUGAAGGUGCUGGAUUUGAGGCACAAUAAGCUGGCCGAAAUCCCCCCAGUCAUCUAUCGUCUACGCUCGCUGACCACUUUGUAUUUGCGAUUUAAUCGCAUCACUACAGUGGCGGAUGACCUGCGCCAAUUGGUGAACCUUACAAUGUUGAGUCUACGUGAAAAUAAGAUCAGAGAGUUGGGCAGUGCCAUUGGAGCUCUGGUCAAUUUGACCACUUUGGAUGUAUCGCACAAUCAUUUGGAGCAUUUGCCCGAAGACAUUGGCAACUGUGUGAAUCUGAGUGCUCUCGACUUACAGCACAACGAACUGCUGGACAUUCCAGACAGCAUUGGCAAUCUUAAGUCGUUGGUCAGGCUGGGAUUGCGCUACAAUCGUUUGACCAGUGUCCCAGCUUCCCUGAAGAACUGCAAAAGCAUGGACGAGUUUAAUGUGGAGGGGAAUGGCAUCACUCAGCUGCCGGAUGGCAUGCUGGCAAGUUUGAAUGGAUUGACUAUUAUCACAUUGUCGCGAAAUCAGUUUACCAGCUAUCCCACGGGUGGACCGGCUCAGUUCACCAAUGUGUAUAACAUCAAUUUGGAGCACAAUCGCAUCGACAAGAUCCCAUAUGGGAUAUUCUCACGGGCAAAGGGUCUAACCAAGCUGAAUAUGAAGGAGAAUAUGUUGACAGCUUUGCCAUUGGACAUUGGUACCUGGGUCAAUAUGGUGGAACUGAAUUUGGCCACAAACGCAUUGCAGAAGCUGCCCGAUGACAUUAUGAACUUGCAGAAUCUGGAAAUACUCAUCUUGUCCAACAACAUGCUCAAGAAAAUACCCAAUACUAUUGGCAAUUUGCGAAAAUUGCGUAUCCUUGAUCUUGAGGAGAAUCGCAUUGAGGUUCUACCCCAUGAGAUAGGUCUACUCCACGAACUCCAGCGUCUAAUAUUGCAAACCAAUCAGAUAACCAUGUUGCCGCGCAGCAUUGGCCAUUUGAGCCAGCUAACCCAUUUGUCGGUUAGCGAGAAUAAUUUGCAAUUUUUGCCCGAAGAGAUUGGCUCACUGGAGAGUCUGGAGAAUCUCUAUAUCAAUCAGAAUCCAGGCCUGGAGAAACUGCCAUUCGAGUUGGCCCUUUGUCAAAAUCUGAAAUAUCUUAACAUUGACAAAUGUCCGCUGAGCACCAUUCCGCCCGAAAUUCAGGCUGGAGGACCGUCUUUGGUAUUGCAGUGGCUCAAGAUGCAUUCACCAUAUCGGCAAAUGUGAGAUGUGGAUGGCGUCUGGCGUACCGUCUAUGUGGGCAGCGAUUACUAUUAUCAGUAUGAACUGCAGACGGUGCCACAGACGCAGCAGCAGCAGCAGCAACCGGACCGACAGACAACCGCCAGAGGUAGCGGUCAGGAGCGUCGCUAACGGUGCGAGUUAAGCUAAGCUGAUCUAUCGAACGGAAUGAAAGAAAAUUCAUAAUGAAGAUAAAACUACAAAUUUGAUAGCUUUAACAAUGUUAUACCAAUUGUCCCGCGUAUUGAAAACUGCCCCGAAUUUGCUUUUACUUUAUGUUCCAAACUCUUUUGUAUUUAACUCUCAAUUUUUCUCUCUCCCUCUAUCUGUGUCAGUCCAAAUCCUUCUGUAAUUUGAUUAUAUUGAGACUUUGCGAUUGUUGCCAUUACCUGAAGCAACAAUCCUCAUCCCACAUCCAUCCUCAUAACCCCAAACACAUCCAAAUACAUGCACAUAUUUAGAUUCUAAUUUGAAAUGCUUCCAAGCUAGUCACAAAUUUUAAAGCUUUACCUAAUCAUUUAUGUUUUGUUUUGGUUCCUAACAAGUUUUCAUUUAAAAAACAAAACUACAAAUCCCGAAGCAGGAGUCGUCAUAAAGAAAAGCAAAAUCUGAAAACAAAAAUACUAAAAAAAACAUACGCAAGCGCCAAGGAAUUGUUUGAUAAAAAAAAAAAAACAAAAUUUGAGAAAAAUAUGAGAAAUUAUUAUAUUAUAUUAUACACAUAACCCGUAGUUGUAUUUUGUAUAAGCAACAAAGUGAAUAUGCAACAAGUAUUAAACAAAAACAAAACAGAUAUUGUAAUUUGUGGCAAGAUAAAAUUGCAAAUUGUUGUCGUUUUU